CACUUCCGCUCAGCCCCUCCCCCACUCCCCUGGACCCGGGAGCGCGGGCCGGGCCGGAAGUGUAGCGUACAGACGGCUUCCGGCCUGGUGAGCAGCGUGCUCUCGGAGGCGCUGGCGGGGUCCAGAAGGCUUGCAGAGCAUCCGCAGAGCGCCCUCCACCAGAGCUCCUGGGCCUGGCCCUUGUGGGUGCGGUAGGCCCGCUGUGACUUCACCCACUGCCUGCCCUGUGCUGGGCCUCCUUUCUGCGGACAGCCCUCCUCUUCGGUGCCCAUCCGUGCCACCAGCCGGGAGUUCCGCUGAGCAGAGUCAGCCUGCAGCGAGCCCUUGGUGCUGGCAGCGCAGGGACCACGAGGCAAAGAUCGCUCCCUUUCCCGGAGCUUCAGCGUAUUAAGGAAACACGAACAGGAUUGUCACAGUAUGAGAGUGUUAGGUUGAGGGGUUGGGGAUCGGCACCGAAAAGGUUUGUCAACAAAAGUUUUCUUUAGGGCCAGAUGUGGUGAUGCACACCUAUCACCCUGGCUGAGCCAGGAGGAUCGUGAGUUCAAGCUCAGCCUGGAUGAGAACAAGAAAGGGCCGGGCCGUAGCUCAGCAGGAAGGCGCUGGGUUGCAUCCCCAGUACCACAAAACGGAAGGAGGAGAGUGGGAGUCGGAGGGCUCCUGAGAGGGAGGGAUGGCGAAGUGGCGGAGAGGAGGGUGGACGUUCCUGCGUCGGGGACCAGAGCCUGCCGUGCCCCCGCGUGUGCAGGAGGGCGCGGCUCACCGGAGUGUGGCCCUGCGGAGGCCCCGGCUGCAGCCCCACGAGUCCCCUUCCUGUGUUUGGCCCCAGGUACUCGCUGGAGCCUGGUGCCUGCAUGCUGGCGUCUCCUGGGCGCCUGGUGCCCGCAGCAGUCCGGCUCGCCUGUUCCAGGGCCCGCUCCUCCUCCGGCAUGGAUCUGAAGGCUGUCGUCUCUUCUCUCAACGACUUCGCGCCCCUCUCCUUCGCAGAGAGCUGGGACAAUGUGGGGCUCCUGGUGGAGCCGAGCCCCCCGCACACCGUGCACACGCUCUUCCUGACCAACGACCUCACGGAGGCGGUGCUGGAGGAGGCCCUGCGCGAGAAGGCGGACCUGGUCCUUUCCUACCACCCGCCUAUCUUCCAGCCCCUCGCGCGCGUCACCUGGGGGACCUGGAAGGAGCGCCUGGUGGUCCGCGCGCUGGAGGCCAGAGUUGCCAUCUACUCCCCGCACACGGCCCUGGAUGCCGCGCCCCAGGGCGUCAACACCUGGCUGGCCAGGGGUCUCGGCAUUUGUACCUCCAGGCCCAUCCGUCUCUCCAGAGCCCCCAGCCACCCCAAAGAGGGGACCCACCGAGUCGAAUUCAGUGUCAGACACUCCCAGGACCUGGACACAGUCCUGUGUGCUAUAAAAGCGAUCGGCGAUGCUGAUGUCACUAGUUUUUCUGCUAGGACGGGUGAUGGCGAGGAGCGGACGCGGCUCAGUGUGACCUGCACUCAGGAGGCCUUGACUCGGGUGGUGGCGUGGCUGUCCCAGAACAGGCAGCUGCGUGAGCAGACCGAGGUUCUGGCCCUGGAGAAGCCUCUGCUGCUGCAGACCGGCAUGGGGCGGCUGUGCACACUGCAGGAGUCUGCGUCCCUGGCCACCGUGGUUGAGCGGGUGAAGAGUCACUUGAAACUGUCCCACGUCCGCCUGGCGCUCGGAGCAGGAAGGACCCUGGACUCCCGAAUCCAGGACGUAGCCCUGUGUGCCGGCUCGGGGAGCAGCGUUCUGCACGGGGUGCAGGCUGACCUCUACCUCACAGGUGAAAUGUCCCAUCACAACGUUUUGGAUGCCACUUCCCGAGGAAUCAGUGUCAUCCUGUGUGAACACAGCCACACGGAGCGGGGCUUUCUCUCUGACCUGCGGGACCUGCUGGGUGUGCGCCUGGAGAGCAGGGUGCGGGUGGUCCUGUCAGAGCACGACCGCGACCCUCUGUGUGUGGUGUAGCACAGUGGCAGCCGCAAGCCGGAGUGGCCCCCAGAGAACAGGCGGCAAGAGGGCACAGGGUGUGCUGAGCAAGGCUCGGCAGAAGACCACGGAG